AUGUUAGAGGUGGAUAGCACAUCGAACGUAUUCAAGGAUAAGCAGGAAAAAGGCAUAACGGCAGCACAAAUGUACGGGAGUUCGAUGUUCCAUUGUCUACCAGUUGGCAGCAAUUCUGAAGACGCUCUUGCACUUGGCGCUAUGUGGGGGAGGGAGCGAGCAGUUAAAAUGCUGGAAGAUGCCGGAUUCUCCAACAUCACUGUAAAAUCUACACCACAGUUUGAGCAAAAUGUACUGUACGUAUGCAGUAAGGACUGA